UUCAUCAUGUUAAUUUAGGUGAAAGAAUUUUGAGAGCAUGGAGGUUGAUAGUGUUAUUUGAGUUUUGCACAGUAAGGUGACAAUUGUGUAAUAGCCUAUAACCGACAGAGGCCCAAGUUUGUGAAGGACAAUGUUCGCAACUGUCAGUUUGUCUGCGUCUGACGACACUAACCAUUCCAGCACAGAUCCGCAAACGCUUCUUAAAUCGCACUGGCCAAUUAAAAUAACUAUAAUAUCCGUCUUAGGAGCGAUGAUUACGUUAGGGAAUAUUGCAGUUAUUAUGGUGAUUUCUUCAUCCGUGUCCGGUUGGUCGAGGAAUUCUCGAUACUUUUUACUGUCACUCACCGGUGCUGAUUCGGCGUUUGGACUGAUCAUUACGCCUUUGAAUUUGUGCGUUAGUCUCAUGAAGGACUACAGCGACGGUCCAGACUUCCUAUGUCAUAUUGUGGCUUUCUUCAACGCCACGGUUUAUUCGACAUGUAUGUACACACUGGCUACCAUAAGUCUGGAACGAUACAUUGCAGUGUUUUACCCGCUGGUGUACUCCUCCCUGAUGACCAGGAGAAGAACGCUGCUGCUUAUCGGUUUUGCAUGGUGUUUCCCUCCUAUUUUACUCGUACCAAUAUCUUUUCCAAACGGUAUAAUUGAGGUCCACUUUUCUACGGCGUCACUGGUAUGCAAUCCAUCGUACUCUACUAACGUUGGGUACUCCAUAGCGUUAAUAUGCUUCAUCUUCUUCCCGUGCUCAAUCGUCAUGACAUACGCAAACCUGUGCCUAUGGUUGGCUGCAAAAAGGCAGCGGGUGAAGAUGCGCACACAACACUUAGGUCGCCUCAACCGACCCAACGUAGCCGCCAGGGUGCUUGUUCCUGUGAUGACGGUGUACUACACAUGCUGGACUCCAUGCAUGGCUACAAUUAUCUACAAUGCCAUUUCAGGCCGCCAAGUUCCAGAGUGGAUGGAGUUUGUGGUGGUGUGGCUGCCAACCUCCAACGGUUUCCUCAAUUGCAUCUUCUACUUCUGGAUCAACCUUAGCUUCCGUAGAAAGUUCUACAUGCUCUUCCAUCGACUGUGUCUGACCGUGUGCCCAGAUGUGGCCAAGGCCCUGGGCUGCACAGACAGCUUACAGCCUGGAAUAUGGGACAAUAACAACUCAAUCCCUGAACGCUCCUCCAGUGUUUCAUCAACCUGCACUCUAAUCACCCUGGCUGAUGACACUUCCUUCUGAGGUAUGAAACACCUAAAUGACAUGGGGCUCACAUUAUAUGAUGACUAGUUACACAUAGAGUGGCAAGGAGAUAUCUAUGUUCUUUGGGCUUUGAAGCAUCUACUUCCUACCUCUUACCAUGCAGAUUUUGUUAUUUCAAUGUUGUUGUUUUUUUUUUUUUUUAACAGAAUUAAACCCCAUAAACAUUUGUAAUUUAAUUUAUCCUCAAUUGACAGUAUUUGGUCCAGGCCGGAAUGUAGAAACAAUUCUGUAUAUAAUUAUUUUUAAAAUUUUUACAUUUUACUACAUUUACUGUCACGCCAAGGGUUGUUAAGAUUCCAUGCAUAAGCAGUGAAGACCUUGUAAACCAAAUUUUUACUGUAGUUAUUCUUUUGUCCAUAUGAUUGUAACUCACGUCCAGCCCUGUCUCAAACAUUGUUUGAACUUACAUUAUCAGUGUUUUACAUGAAGCUAUGAUUUUAUCUUUGUCUACAAACCAUGUCUAAAUAAUAUUUAAUUAGUGCAAUUGAUAUUUAAACAUCAAACUAGAAAAACUUCAGUAGGAAAUGUUUACAAGGUCUUUGAUUGGACUCAGUCAAGCGGGCCAUCUACUCUUUGCUUCAAUAUCUUUUCUAUCAAAGGCUUAGCUAGCAGCCUUGCAAGGUUAACCUUUGAGUCACAACAUUUCAUGUGCAGAGAGAAAUGUAAUUAUACAGCUACAGUUUAUAAAGGUUAGCUCCACAGUCAUGUCAAUUGAAGUUACCAUUUCCCUCCCAAUUUAUGGUCCUGUUUUUUUAAAGCAGUUAAGACUGAAAAACAAUUUCUGCUAGUGUCUGCCCUACAGCUCUUUUACACUGUUUGGAACUUUCCAUGGUAAUGUUGACAGUUCAGUGGUAUUUGUUGUGAAAUACACCUCGUUUGUCCAAGAUCUGAAGAUAUGGUUUGCAAUAAUGACAUUUGAAGAGGUGCUUGAAAUGUUGGCCAGCCAGGGCUUGAUUUUAGCCUUCAUUAAAUGGUUAAUUUGCACUUUACCAAAAGUACCUUAGAUAAAAAGACAAUUUCUUUACAAAACACUAUUGGCAUGUUCAGAUAUAACCACUAUUCAGACAGUGACCAAAGGGUUACUGGAUUGAAUCCCUGAGCCAGUCCAGCAUUUCUAAGAAAGGUGGUUAACAUUGCAGUUGAAAGGGAAUAUUGUAUGAUGUUUCAUAUUGAAAAUUGACCCAAAAAGUAUUGUAAAAUAUUUCCCCUUGUUAAAUUGAACUUUAAAUAUAAAA